AUGGUUUUCAGGAAUCUGAGGGAGAUGUUUAAGAUUGAUGCUGCAGAUUACAUGAUGUCGAUAUGUGGAAAUGAUGACCUCAGAGAGCUAUCUUCACCCGGAAAAAGUGGGAGCGUGUUUUUCCUCUCUCAAGAUGAUCGUUUUAUGAUCAAAACACUACGAAAAUCGGGAGUUAAGUUCCGGUUCGUUGCAAUGGGGAAUAUGUUCUGCACGGAGUUGAGAAUUCACCUGAAAUUCGAUCUGAAAGGUUCUUCAUUGGGACGUUGGGCAGAUAAGUUCAAAAUCGACGAGAAUACGAUACUUAAAGAUCUUGAUUUGAACUACUGGCCGGGGCAGAGCAGUUACGAUCUGUCGUUCAAGGUCUUGCUCGUCGGAGAUUCGGCCGUCGGGAAGAGCAGCUUGCUCGUCACUUUCAUUUCUAAUGCCGUUGAAGAUCUUUCGCCCACAAUAGGUAUCAAAUCCGCUUUUGAUGUAUCUCGAUUUGAUUCUUUUCUCUGUUUUGCUUUGGAAGUUGGUGUACAGUGGAAAUAUGUGGAACUUGAAUCUCUCAAAUUUAUGGACAAUUUUGAUUGUGUGGCUAUUGUUGUGCAAGUUUGCUUGUUUGGUGGUCCUUGUGUGGAUUUCAAAAUCAAGUUUCUGACUGUUGGUGAGAAAAAGUUGAAGCUAACAAUAUGGGACACAGCUGGACAAGAGAGGUUCAGGACAUUGACAAGCUCAUACUACAGAGGCGCACAAGGGAUCAUCCUUGUUUAUGAUGUAACAAGGAGAGAUACAUUUACAAACUUAUCUGAUGUAUGGGCGAAAGAAUUGGAACUGUAUUCCACCCAUGAGGAUUGCGUCAAGAUGCUUGUCGGGAACAAAGUUGAUAGAGAAUCCGAAAGAGUUGUGAGUAGGGAAGAGGGGAUGACCCUAGCAAACGAACUUGGAUGUCUAUUCUUCGAGUCCAGUGCUAAAACUCGAGAAAAUGUUGAACGGUGUUUUGAAGAGCUAGCACUAAAGAUUAUGGAAGUACCAAGACUUCUUGAGGAAGGGUCAAAUGUGAAGAGAUAUAUCCUAAAACAGAAACAAGAACAUCAUGCGGCUCCUAGUGGAGGUUGUUGCUCGUAGAAUGUUGCAAUAAAAAGAAUGGCUCGAUUGUCAAACUUACGGUCAAAACGUGUAAAUGAUGUGGUUCUCUUACUAUUCUCAUCCCUUUUGCUUUUGUUGUGUUUGAUGAGUGUCAAAUGAGCUGCUCUUUUUUUAAGAUAUGGUAGCUCUUGUGAGGUUUGUUGGCUGGUGUUGUUGACCAUUUUUACAUCUGUUGUCGCCUUGUUGGGGUUGAUUUGUGUUAUGAUUUGUUUCACUGCCUCUUGUGUCCUCAAUGAUUCAGGGUCUGUUUUGUAAUUUUUCUUUCCUCAAAUCCAAUUUUGGUUUGUAGUAUUGUAAUUUUGAGAAUUUGUUUCCACUGCUAAAACAAUAUACAAUAUUUGAUCUAAAG